AUGGCGGCGAGACUCUCCCUGACCAGCCGUGCGCGGCUACUGCGACCUCCCAACCUCCCACGGCCCCGAUCCCUGACCGCAAGCUCGCGCGCCUCAGUACUUCCCCGGACCCCGGGUAUCCUUGCGCCCGCGGCCAGACUCACGCCAAUCGCCACUGUACGCCAUUAUGCCAAUGGCCGACCUCAUCCUCCGGGCGGUACGCACCGCAUGAAUAUGAGUGGUGAGGAGGAGAAGGCUGCUCUCGAAAAAUACGGUGUGGACCUGACAGCUAAGGCGAAAGCUGGAAAGCUCGACCCGGUCAUCGGCCGCGACGCGGAGAUCCAUCGAACGAUCCAAGUCCUGUCUCGACGUACCAAGAACAACCCGGUUUUGAUCGGUGCAGCUGGUACGGGUAAAACAGCAGUUCUGGAAGGCUUAGCGCAGCGCAUUGUGCAAGGCGAUGUCCCCGAGAGCGUCAAGAACAAGAAGGUGAUCUCGCUGGAUCUGGGCUCGCUCAUUGCAGGUGCGAAGUUCCGUGGUGACUUCGAGGAACGUCUGAAAGCGGUCCUGAAAGAAGUCGAGGACGCACAAGGCGGUGUCAUUCUCUUCAUCGAUGAGCUCCACACUCUACUAGGACUGGGCAAAGCGGAGGGCAGUAUCGAUGCGAGCAAUCUACUCAAGCCUGCUCUUUCCCGUGGUGAACUACAAUGCUGCGGUGCUACCACUCUCAAUGAAUACCGAUUGAUCGAAAAGGAUGUGGCUUUGGCUCGCAGAUUCCAACCCAUCCAAGUAGGCGAGCCGUCUGUUGCAUCGACCAUCUCCAUCUUGCGUGGUAUCAAGAACAAGUAUGAGGUGCACCACGGUGUUCGGAUUACGGACGGCGCCCUCGUUGCUGCCGCCACGUAUAGUAACCGUUAUAUUACCGAUCGAUUCCUCCCCGACAAGGCAAUCGACCUCGUCGACGAAGCUGCCUCAGCACUCCGCCUGCAGCAAGAAUCGAAACCCGAUGCGAUUCGCGAACUUGAGCGUGACAUCACCACUAUUCAGAUUGAGCUUGAGUCGCUGCGCAAAGAAACCGACGUGAGCAGUCGCGAGCGACGCGAAAAACUCCAGGAAGAAUUGAAGACCAAGCAGGAGGAAGUCGGCAAAUUGACCGAAGUUUGGGAAAAGGAGAAGGCGGAGAUCGACUGUAUAAAAAAUACGAAGGAAGAGCUUGAGCGUGCACGCUUCGAGCUCGAGAAGGCACAGCGUGAUGGCAGCUUUGCCAGAGCUGGAGAACUUCGAUACUCCAUUAUUCCUGGGCUUGAAGCGAAGCUUCCCAAGGACGGCGCAGAACAAGAUUCUGAAUCACAGACCCUGAUCCACGACUCAGUCACUCCCGACGAUAUUGGCAACGUGGUCUCUCGUACCACAGGCAUCCCGGUCAACAAACUGAUGGCUGGUGAGGUCGAGAAACUGAUCCACAUGGAGGAUACCCUCCGGAAGUCGGUUCGUGGACAGGACGAGGCUCUUGCGGCGGUUGCCAAUGCUGUCCGGAUGCAAAGGGCCGGUCUCAGCGGUGAGAACCGUCCUCUGGCGUCCUUCAUGUUCCUUGGGCCGACUGGUGUCGGUAAGACCGAACUUUGCAAGAAAAUGGCAGAGUUCCUCUUCUCUACUGAGCAAGCCGUCGUGCGAUUUGAUAUGAGCGAGUUCCAAGAAAAACAUACCAUCAGUCGUCUCAUCGGCUCUCCUGCCGGUUACGUCGGCUACGACGAUGCUGGUCAGCUCACUGAGGCUGUUCGGCGAAAGCCUUACGCAGUCCUUCUCUUCGAUGAGUUUGAAAAGGCUCACCGGGACAUUUCAGCCCUGCUGUUGCAGGUCCUUGAUGAAGGUUUCCUCACAGAUGCCCAAGGCCAUAAGGUCGACUUCAGAAACACUUUGAUUGUCUUGACCUCCAACCUUGGUGCCGACAUUCUCGUGGGUGCCGACCCCUUGCAUUCCUACAAGGACACAGGCGACCCCGAGGUUCCAGCGGAUAUCAAAAAGGCAGUGUUGGACGUUGUCCAGGGCGCCUACCCACCUGAGUUCCUCAACCGGAUGGACGAAUUUAUCAUCUUCAAGCGUCUCUCUCGGGAAGCGCUGCGUGAUAUUGUCGACAUUAGAAUCAGGGAACUCCAGGGACGCCUUGAUAGCCGUCGCAUGACCUUGCAGGUGGAUAAUGAGAUCAAGGAUUGGUUGUGCGAGCGAGGCUACGAUCCUCGAUUCGGUGCUCGCCCUCUCAACCGUCUGAUCGCGAAGGAGAUCGGUAACCGACUGGCCGACAAAAUCAUCCGUGGUGAAGUCGUUUCUGGACAGACUGCUCGUGUUUCUCUCAAUGCGGAUAAGUCUUCGUUGGAGGUCACUGUCGAUGAGACUGAAAACAACGCAUGA